GAAAUUCGUACAUUAGUGACCGAGUAUUUAUUAGAACACAAGGUGUUAAGUGAGGAGGAUUUAGAGCCCUUGUGUCCUCGGGAUGUCACGAUGGCCCGCCAGUAUGACCUGGAGAGCCGUAAGAUAGAUUUGGAAAUGUUUAAGGCAGAGAAUGAGCGGAUGCGUCUCAUGCAGAGACCUGAUAGGGAACACCAUCCUCAUUUUCGUAUAGAGGAUGCAAUUAAAUUUGUUCCUAAAUUCAAUGAGACAGAGCCUGAGUACUUUUUCAUUCAUUUUGAGCGAGUUGCUGCCUUGCAUGGUUGGCCCGAAGAUAAGUGGGUAUUGCUUGUUCACAGUGCAUUUGUUGGCAGAGCUCAAGAGGUUUUCUCAGCUCUGGAUUUGGUACAGUCACAAUGUUAUUAUGUAGUAAAACAAGCUGUUUUAAAUGUUUAUAAAAGGGUACCAGAGGCUUACAGACAAGAUUUCCGUUAUUAUCGUAAAGAUAGCAAACAAACCUUUGUUGAAUUUAUUCGCCAAAAGCAACUUUUGUGUAAGAAAUGGGUCGAGAGUGAACUUGAUGCACUCGAGUACGAUAAAUUACUCGAGCUCUUUGUACUAGAGGAAGUUAAGAAAAGUAUGCCUGUAAAAGUUCGCUCUCACAUUGACGAACGUGGUCUGCGCACAUUAGCCGAGGUCGGCAAAGCCGCCGAUCAUUUCGCUCUCACUAAUCCCAACUACUCUUGCAGAUCUAAUGAGCCUUCAUUCCAGUCUAUCCAGCAUAAUGGUAAGAGGAUGGAGUAUAGUUCCAGGAGGACUGGACUGCCAGAUACCCACAGGACUGUUCAUACAAAGUCAGAAACAGGUGGUGAUGAGAGUAAGAAGGUUGCUUCUCGCGGAUUUCUUAGUGUCGAUGAGUCGUGUAAGUCGUCUUCCCCAGUCACUAUUCUACGGGACUCGGCUGCAGAUAUAUCAUUGGUACUCAAGGAGAUGGUUCCUAACCCUGACUGCUAUACUGGAGAGAUGAUUAUUAUUAAUGGACUGGUAGGGUCCAAGAGUAUACCCAUAUGUAAAGUCUACCUUGAAUCUAAAUUGAUAACUGGGUACGUAAAUUUAGGUGUUGUUGAUAAUAUACCAAGUGAUGGCAUUUCGCUCCUUAUGGGCAAUGAUCUAGUUGGUGAUAAGGUAUGGCCUUGCCCUGUAGUUUCACCUUGCCCGACAGAGGAGAACAACACCGUAGAUUUAGAGAGGGAGUAUCCCGAUCUCUUUCCUGCAUGUGCUGUCACCCGCAGUGCAAGUCGUAGGUCCUCCCCUCCUACCAAGGCGCUUACCGCCGGUACUGCAUUACCCAAAGAGAGCCUUAAUGAUAUAUUCACCGAGGAUUUCACCUUGGCAGAUUUCUUUAAAUCAUCUGACAAAGAUUCAAACAUUUCUGCUUCUGAUAAUUCUAAUAUAGUAAAUUUUAAAGACAUGCCAGUUACUAGAGAAAAGCUCAUUGAAGAACAAUAUAAAGAUCCUGAGUUGCAAACAUUUUAUGAUAGGCUUACUGAUACAAGUAACAUAGACAAUUUCAGUACCUGCUAUUAUCUCCAGUCAGGUGUUCUUAUGCGUAAAUAUAAGCCCUAUAAUAUAUCUGCAGACGAUACCAGUAAGAUAGUACAUCAGAUUGUCAUUCCAAAGCCCCUUCGAACUGAUGUAUUGAAUAUUGCACAUGACAUUAGUGGUCAUUUGGGAGUCAACAAAUCUUACCAUAAGAUUUUAGCUCAUUUUUAUUGGCCGAAAAUGAAACGUGAUGUUGGUUACUAUUGCCAGUCAUGCCAUAUCUGCCAAGUAAAAGGCAAACCCGGAGAUGGUAUCAAACCAUAUCCCUUGCAACCUAUCCCUGUGUUAACAGAGCCUUUCAGCAAAAUAGUUAUUGACUGUGUAGGUCCUCUUCCAAAGACUAAACGGGGUAACAAGUUUCUGUUAACCAUAAUUGAUGUGGCCACCCGAUAUCCUGAAGCUAUUCCUCUUAGACGCAUCACUACUAAGAAUGUUGUGAAGGCAUUGAUAAUUUUUUUUACACAAGUUGGUCUGCCUACUGUAAUACAAUCAGAUCAAGGGUCAAAUUUUACGUCCAGACUGUAUGAACAGGUUAUGAAGUCCUUGGGUAUACAGCAGUGCAGGUCCACCGUAUAUCAUCCUCAGAGUCAAGGGGUAGUUGAAAGGUUUCACUAUACUUUAAAGACUAUGAUUAAAGCCUUUUGUUUAGAGACUGGUUCUGAGUGGGAUGAAGGAAUAGAUUUGCUGUUAUUUUCAGUAAGGGACAGUGUUCAAGAGAGCCUUGGUUAUUCUCCAUUUCAAUUAAUUUACGGCCAUGAAGUGCGUGGACCACUGAAGGUCUUAAAGGAGUGCUGGUUAAUUGAAGAGGAGGACAUUCCAGUAGCUGCUUAUGUGAAUAAAUUUAAGCAUAGAUUACGAACAGCUAUCUCAAUAGCUCAUAAUCAUUUGGGUAAAGCUCAAUCUAAAAUGAAAGAACAUUUUGAUAAAGCAAAUAAUACUGAAGUUAGAACCUUCAAUGAGGGUGAUUUAGUUCUGGCUUUGCUGCCUCUUCCUAACCAGCCUCUUCAGUCUCGCUAUACGGGUCCAUUUCGUAUUCUAAAACGAACGAGUGAUACAAAUUAUGUGAUUGAAACACCUAAGAGGCGUAAGAAAAACCGUCAUGUACAUGUAAACCUCCUGAAAAAGUACCAUGAACGGGGUGAUAUAAAGGAUGAGGUACGAAAUGUUUCAAUAGUUGUACCUUCAAACAUCAGUAAUGACACUUGUGAUAAUGUAAAGAUUGUGGAGCCUAACCUUAUAAAUUCGACAAUUUUAGCUAAACCUGAUGAUAAACUUAAACACCUUUCUGCUGCCCAAGCAGCAAACAUUCGUUCUCUUCUGCAGGAGUAUGAGGAACUAUUCAGUGAUGUACCUCGUCUCUGCCCACUGCUGGAACAUGAUGUGGAGACUAAGGAAGCUCAGCCAGUACGUCAAGCUCCCUAUCGCCUCAAUGCAGAGAAGAGGGCUUUCCUGCAGACGGAGGUUCAGCGCCUGAAGGAGCAGGGGUUCAUUAGUCCCAGCCUGAGUCCCUGGGCAUCACCUAUAGUCCUCGUUCCCAAGAGUGGCGGCACUUACCGUCUGUGUGUAGAUUAUAGGAAGGUGAAUGCGGUAACAGUGGCGGACUCGUUCCCCCUCCCGAGGAUGGACGACAUUAUUGAUGACCUGGGGAAGGCACGCCACCUGUCGAAGUUGGAUCUCCUCCAGGGAUAUUACCAAGUUCCGUUGACAGAGAGGGCGAGGCCGAUUUCUGCGUUUGUCACGCCUGUCGGUCUCUACGAGUUCAAGGUUCUUCCCUUCGGUAUGAGGAACGCCCCGGCGACCUUUCAGCGUCUCAUGAACUACCUGACUGCGGACUUAGAAGGCGUUCGUUGUUACCUAGACGAUCUUGUAAUCUGGAGCGAGUCUUGGCAGGAACAUCUGGUACGUUUACGUGCACUCUUCUCCGCCUUGUCAGCCGCAAACCUCACGGUAAAUUUGCAGAAGAGUGAAUUCGGACAUGCUCAUGUCACCUUCUUGGGUCACGUGAUCGGUCAGGGUCAGGUCGCACCUGUAGCAGCGAAGGUGGAAGCGGUCCUCCAGUAUCCCACGCCCGUCGACAGGAGAGGCCUGAUGCGCUUCAUGGGAAUGGCUGGAUAUUAUAGACGUUUCUGCAAGAACUUUUCCCAGAUAUCCGCACCUUUAACAGACUUGCUGAGUACUAAACGGACAUUCAGGUGGUCAGAGGACUGUCAACAAGCCUUUGACAACUUGAAGCACCUCUUGUGUACCGCUCCCGUCUUGCGAGCUCCUGAUAUCGGCAAACCAUUUGUAAUUCAUGUUGACGCCAGUGAUAGUGGUGUGGGAGCGGUCCUCUUGCAGAACAAAAGUGAAGUGCUCCACCCGGUGUGUUAUUUUUCUUAUAAGUACAAGUCUUAUCAAAAGUCUUACGCCACCGUCGAAAAGGAGGCCUUGGGAAUAGUAUUGGCAAUCGAAAAGUUUAGAGUUUAUUUAACAAACUCUGUUCAUCCAGUCAAAAUUUUCACUGAUCAUAACCCGUUAACUUUUAUAGAAAAUGUAAAGUUUAAAAACAUGCGAGUGUUGAGGUGGGCUUUAACAUUACAGCCAUUCAAUAUAAAGAUAUUGCAUAUUAGAGGCACACACAAUAUCAUAGCGGACGCAAUUUCAAGAUCGUAAGUAGUGCGGUCCACACACGUUGGCCGCUGACUGUACACUGCGAAGGACAGGAAAGAGGCGUACGCUACCUUCACCCGUAUAGCCGAACGAGCUGUUGUGUAAUUCUAUAUAGCAAUUAGCUAGUU